AUGAAGACCAAGAACAAACAGACAAAGUUCCCCGUUGCACGAAUCAAGAAGAUUAUGCAGAAAGAUGAGGAAGUUGGGAAAGUUGCACAAGCUACACCAGUGGUCAUCUGUACGUCUCUAUAUACCGAUUUAUCCGUUAUCUCUCCAAAAGCAUUGGAGUUAUUUCUGGCUAUGAUUGUGGACGAGGCGACCAAAGUCACGGUUGAGCGGGGGGCAAAGAAGGUUGAAGCUUAUCACCUAAAGCAUGCGAUCGAAACAACAGAGAUGCUGGAUUUCUUAAAGGAAAUCGUUGAAUCUGUACCUGACCCUUCAGCGGGUGGCACCAUUGACUUGCAAGCUGAGGCGGCAGAGAACGCGAAGCGAAAGAGGAGCAAA